AUGACGAAAUUGCUGGUUGCUCUGAACUGCCGAGACGAGGUUCAUCUCAUCAUAGGUUCCUCCAGUCUAGCAGCUACCAGGAUACGUUCCUCGUUGGAUGGCGGUGCUAAGCCAGUACUGAUAAGCCCCAGGUUGGAUUCAGUGGGAUUGGAGAACCUUGUGGACCAAGAACGUGAGGGCCUGCCCAAUUUGUGGAUCCAGCGUUCGUUCCAGACAAGUGAUCUGACUACCCUGGGUAGACCGGAGGUUGAAAAUGUGGUGGAUAGAGUUUUUGUGGUUUCAGAUGAUCUGGAGUUGAAAAAUGAAGUCUAUCAGAAUUGUAAGAGACUGCGGAUCCCCAUAAGUUGCUCAGAUUCUCCAGAACUAUGCACUUUCACCAUGCUCGCUUCAUAUACCUCUGGGGACUUCCAGAUGGGUGUCACUACAAACGGCAAAGGAUGUCAUCUUGCCUCUAGGAUCAAGCGGGAAUUAACCCAGCAACUACCGAGUGAUAUAGCGCAGAUCUGUGAGAAUAUUGGAGAUCUCAGAACAAAAAUACGGCAAGAAGACAAUCACAUUACUUUACCUGGAGAAGAGGACGAUGAUGCGUUGCAGACGUCACGACUCAAUGCUCUUGUGCCCGAAUUUGAGAUGUCAGAAGAACAAAAAAAGAAGCAGAGGAUGAGAUGGUUAUCUCAAAUUGUUGAAUACUAUCCUUUGAACAAAUUAUCGAAGGUGUCCGUUGAAGACCUUUCCAAGGCUUAUCAGGACUCUAAGACCCAAACCGUAUCGACCGGAACGGGGUCGAUUUCGCUAGUCGGAUCCGGACCCGGUUCCGUGUCGUUGUUGACGAUAGGAGCCCUUUCUGAGAUACAUGGAGCUGACUUGAUUUUGGCAGAUAAACUCGUGCCGCAGCAGGUGUUGGAUCUUAUACCCAGAAAUACGGACGUCUUCAUAGCCCGCAAAUUUCCAGGAAACGCAGAGGCCGCUCAGCAAGAAUUGCUCCAGAUGGGACUACAGGCUCUCCGCAAUGGUCUGAAGGUAAUCAGACUGAAACAGGGAGAUCCUUACAUAUUUGGUCGUGGUGGUGAGGAGUAUCUUUUCUUCAAGGACAAUGGGUUCACACCGGUGGUUCUUCCUGGUAUCACAUCUGCCCUUUCUGCACCGGUUGUUUCUCAGAUCCCAGCCACACACAGAGAAGUGGCUGAUCAGGUGCUUAUUUGCACCGGAACAGGACGUCGGGGUGUUUUGCCCGAUUUGCCUGGCUAUGUCAAGAGCAGAACCACUGUGUUCCUCAUGGCAUUGCAUCGGAUGUCGGAGCUAGCCCCAGCAUUGGUUGCCAGAGGCUGGGAUCCAACUGUCCCUCUAGCGAUUGUCGAGAGAGCCGCGUGUCCAGAUCAGAGAGUGGUGAGAACUACUUUGCAAAACGUUGUUGAGGCCUACGAGGCCGUUGGAUCAAGACCACCUGGGUUGUUGGUCGUGGGUUGGGCAUGUCAAGUUAUGAAGCCUCCUGUUGAAGCCAAAUGGCAUGUUGAAGAAGGUUGUGCCUUGGAAGGUCUUCAGUUGGGAAGUAUACUUGAGACAUUGAAGUGUUGA